UAGCCUAGCUGGAGGCGGCUGGAUGGUGUUCGGGUGGUGGUGGUGUAAUUCAGUGCUCAGUCGUGCGUUUUUCAAGAUAAAAAUUACCUACGUGUCCCAUCCACAAGAAUACAUCAUCAUAAAUGAUCAAGUAUUCACGAAUACCCAGCAAAUGAUCGUCAAGAAUCAUCAAAACGUCGAGUAGACCAGUUAUUAUUGUUUGAUUAAGUUCCUUCGGUGAAUUUGUUGUACCAGAAUGCAGGGAAAAACCUCUGCUCAGGGGAGUCAGGGUGCCAAGAAGGUCAUGUUUCCUGAUAAAAAAACACCAGCUAAGCAGAUGAAGUCAUCGACGUUGACAAAUGCCGCUGGAUUGAGUUCAUUAAUUACUUUUACGAUAUUGUUGCUGGCUUGGAUAUCAGGAUUUGCAUCGCGUUUAUUCGCAGUCAUACGGUUUGAGAGUAUCAUCCACGAGUUUGAUCCAUGGUUCAAUUACAGAGCAACUGCCUACAUGGUUCAGCAUGGCUUCUACAAUUUCCUCAACUGGUUCGACGAACGUGCCUGGUAUCCCCUAGGAAGAAUCGUCGGUGGCACAGUGUAUCCAGGUCUCAUGAUAACAUCAGGAUCGAUUCACUACAUUUUACAUUCACUUAACAUUCCAGUCCACAUAAGGGACAUCUGUGUCUUUCUGGCGCCAAUAUUCAGUGGCCUCACAGCGAUAUCAACGUACCUCCUCACCAAGGAAUUGUGGAGUGCUGGAGCUGGACUUUUUGCCGCCUGUUUCAUAGCCAUUGUACCCGGAUACAUCUCACGCUCAGUCGCUGGUAGCUACGACAACGAGGGAAUAGCCAUAUUUGCACUCCAAUUUACGUACUACCUUUGGGUCAAGUCCGUUAAAACUGGCUCCAUAUUCUGGGCUGCUAUGACUGCUCUGUCGUACUUCUACAUGGUAUCCGCCUGGGGAGGAUAUGUCUUCAUCAUAAAUCUCAUUCCAUUCCACGUUUUCAUACUUCUCAUUAUGAAUAGAUACAGCAACAGAUUAUUCGUUAGCUACACAACUUUUUAUAUUCUGGGGUUACUGUUGAGCAUGCAGAUACCCUUCGUUGGGUUUCAGCCGAUUAGAACAUCAGAACAUAUGGCUGCUGGUGGGGUAUUUGGAUUGCUGAUAUUUAUUGCUGCACUGAGAUACCUUCGAACAGUCCUCACAAAAUCCGAGAUGAAGUACUUCGGUGGAAUAGUAGCAGCGACAGCGGUGGGCCUGUUGAUCGCCCUGAUAGCCCUCACUUAUGCCGGAGUGGUAGCCCCAUGGAGCGGUCGUUUCUACAGUCUCUGGGACACUGGUUACGCAAAAAUUCACAUUCCCAUAAUUGCAUCAGUCUCCGAGCAUCAGCCAACCACCUGGUUCAGCUUCUUCUUCGAUCUUCACAUCCUAGUGACAACCUUCCCCGUGGGUCUCUGGUACUGCAUUAAACGAAUAAACGACGAGCGUGUCUUCAUAAUUCUCUACGCACUGAGUGCAGUCUACUUCGCUGGUGUUAUGGUGCGUCUGAUGCUGACACUGACACCAGUUGUUUGCAUGCUCUCUGGUGUUGCCUUCAGCGGUCUCCUUGAGCUCUACCUCAAGGAGGAGGACCGUGAGAAUAGCGAUAGAGAUGGGGGUGAUAGUAGUGAGGAGGGCAGCGAAGCAGAACGCGAGAGGAGUCCAGGAAGGGGACUCUAUGAUAAAGCUGGAAAAUUGAGGCGUAUGAAGCACGAGAGACCGAGGGGUAACGGUGAUGGACUUGGUGCUAAUCUUAGGAAUGGAAUUGUCAUUGGAAUUCUAAUGCUCUUGAUGAUGUUCACUGUUCACUGCACCUGGGUCACCAGCAAUGCUUACUCCAGUCCUUCAAUUGUCCUGGCGUCCUACAGCAACGACGGUAGCAGGAGCAUUCUGGAUGACUUCAGGGAGGCGUAUUACUGGCUCGCUCAGAACACCCCCAGUGACGCCAGGGUCAUGAGCUGGUGGGAUUAUGGAUAUCAAAUAGCUGGAAUGGCUAAUCGAACAACUCUGGUGGACAACAACACCUGGAAUAAUUCUCACAUCGCAUUAGUUGGAAAGGCCAUGAGCUCCACUGAGGACAAAGCAUAUGACAUAAUGACGUCAUUGGAUGUUGAUUAUGUUCUCGUUAUCUUUGGGGGUAUGAUCGGCUACUCGGGUGAUGACAUCAACAAAUUCUUGUGGAUGGUGAGAAUUGCUGAGGGAGAACAUCCACAGGACAUUCGGGAGAGUGACUACUUCACGGAGAGGGGCGAGUUCAGGGUUGAUUCUCAGGGAUCACCAACUUUACUCAAUUCUCUCAUGUAUAAACUGAGUUAUUAUCGGUUUGGACAAGUCGUUAUGGAUUAUAGAUCACCGGCUGGGUUUGAUCGUACUAGGAAUGCUGAGAUAGGAAAUAAAAAUUUCAAACUUACGUACCUGGAAGAGGCCUACACAACUGAACACUGGCUGGUUAGGAUUUAUAGGGUAAAGAAACCUGACGAAUUCAAUCGGCCUAGAAUUCCAAUAUCCGAUCGGACGAUUGCUCGUCCGACAAGCAGUUAUCACAGUAAAAAGUUUUGGGGGGCACGCAACUGAUUGUUUCAGACUGCCAGACGCAAGAAGGGCUUCAUCAAGGGUAAGCCGUCAGUCGUUAAGGGACAGAAGCCACAGAGAAAAUCACCAUAAACAUGUAAAUACAACGUAAUAACGCCUGAUUAUUUCGAGAGAAAAUCAAUGGAAUUAUUCAACGAUUGAAAUUUAAUUGAUAAUAGUCAGUAAUGAAUGAGAGACGUGAAGUGUUUUUUGUAAUACAAAUGGAACCACCGUCCCCUGGUAAACGAAUAAUCGAAGAGGAAGAGAAUGAAUAUGUGAAAAUUUUUGAUGAGAAACUGUUUGAUCAGUGGAUUUGUGUAUUUUUUUUUCUGGAUCCACGUGCUCCACUGUAUUGUACGAGAAUUAAUGAUGGAGUUGAACUAGUUAUGUACCAUUUUGUAAUUUAAAUGACGUUCAUUUCGACACCAUCACUCUAUGAAUAAUUUUCUCAUUGUAUGACAUCUACACAAAAGAAAACACCAUAAUACAUUUAUCAUUGUUUUUUCUUGUUCGAAAUAUUCAAACUUUUGUGUGACAGAUUGAAAAUAACAAAAUGUAACUUGUUCACACACAUUUGUUGUUUAGGAGCAUUGUUAAAAGAUAAAUAUUCACAGUAAAUGGAGAA